AGCGAAUGCGUUGCCGCAGUCCAGCGAUCACGCGGCGGACGGAAUGGUGUACCAACAUGACUACGAGAGGGAUCAGGCGGAAGAAAUCCUCGUUGUCGGAAGUGAAAGUGGCGGUGGUGGGCGCUCCUUCAGUCGGCAAAAGCGCACUAACCGUCCGUUUCAUCACGAAGAGAUACAUCGGAGAGUACGACCAUCAGCAAGAUAGUAAAUACAAACACGAGGCGAUGUUGGAUGGAGAACCAAUAUUGUUUGAGAUUUUGGAUACAUGCCCUAAGAGUAUAGACGAGUUGCCAGGCAACGACAUCGCGCAAUGGGCGGACGGUCUGUUCCUGGUGUACUCCAUCACGGACCGGGACUCCUUCAACUACCUGAAGAGAGCCAAGCAGAGUCUGCAGCCCGACAUCCCGAUCAUCCUGGUGGCGAACAAGGCGGACAUGGUGCAUUUAAGAUUGGUGAGCCCAGAAGAAGGAGAGAUCUUGGCGAAGGACUUCGAAUGCAGUUUCGCCGAGGUGGCGGCGGCAGAGCAGGUGAACCAGGUGGGGGAAGUUUUCCAUGAGCUGUGCCGGGAGGUGCUGGCUUUGAGGAGACGAGCCAAGCAUAGCCUGCUGGACAGAAUGCUGGGCUCCAAGACUGCGUACAGAGUUUACUCCAGGGGAAAAAGUGAUAGUGCUUUGCCCAAGGAUUAAAGUGGACAAAGAAAUUCAUAUAAUUAUGCUAUUCCAGAUUUAAGAGCCUUCUCGGACUGUAAAAGGACUGGACUAUGGCAAAUAGUAGGUUUAAUAUCGGUAAAGAGUGGUUUAUAAAAAACAAAUCAGAUUGAUAGAUGUCGUUACAACUCUAUAGCGUUAUAUGUCGUUACAACUAUAUAGUGAAACUGCGAAUAGAAAUAAAACAUGCUUGUGACUUCUGUGUGGACGCAGUAAGUACCUAUUCAUAUCUGACUAAAAUCGAUAAUUGAAUAAGUAUUUUUUAAGCAAUCUCGUGUGCUCAACCACUCAACACGUAAAAAAAGCGGCGACAUCGGUGAGUGCGGCUCUGCUAAGCCUGCGUUCACAUUUAAAAAGAUGGACGUAAUGCCGUGUUAUGUUAAUGAAAACCUCCUUACAUUACCGAAAAAUCAAUGAGAGCCGUUGUAACCCAGCGUUUCUGAAAAAAAAGGCUUAUUUUUCUAAGUACAGCCAACAGGUAAACCGCAUAGAAUGCGACGAAUUGCAAUUUUUAAAAAAAGGAAUAUAUUUUAGAAAGCAAAACUUAUUCCAGUUUCUGACAUCAUCAAUUCAAACAUCUGAU